GGGAAUUGGGAAAUUAUCUCGCGCGGCCAUGUUGAAAAAUAUUCAUCAACGAAACGAGUCAAUGACUGUCGUUUAAGUAUGCUUUUAAACGGCAUGUAUACAUGAUUUGCCAGAAAACUAUCUCGUUCUUCAGUUUUGCGCGCCAAAUCAUAGAGGAAUCAAAAUUUGACCCUCUUUGAUGGAAGAAGAUCUCCGAAAUUCGGCGCUAAAGUUUUUCACUGAUCAAGAGCUUUGUUAUGCUGAUAUCAUCCCUCCUGCUCAGGUCCGAGCUAGAAUUGAAGUGUCAGUGCUCAGUUUCCUCAAAAUUUUGAAUGCAUCCAACCCUGCCAUCUCAGAUUUGCCUCUGAUUCAAAGAAAAUUGAGCAACAGUCGAGUGAAUCAUGGCAUGUUGACUGAAUUGUCAUAUGUUUUUCUCUCUAAUUCUGUAUCUACAAGGUCUCUAAUGAGACCUAAUGCAGCAAAGGCCUUUGUUAGGGUGUGGAAGGUGAUGGAAAUGUGCUAUCAGAUAUUGCUUCAGGAAAAACGUGUCACACAGAGGGAACUCUUCUACAAGCUUCUGUGUGAUUCGCCACAUCUAUUUCCUUCUCAAAAAGAUGUCAAUAGGACUAUUCAAGAUCUUGUAGCGUUGCUUCGGUGCAGCAGAUACAGUCUUGGAAUCAUGGCAUCUAGUCGAGGACUCAUUGCUGGUCGUCUGAUUUUGCAGGAACCGGGCAAAGAGGUUGUUGAUUGCUCUGUGUGUGGAUCUUCUGGACAUACAAUUUCUGGUGACUUUAAUUUGUUAGAGAAAUUGAUUCUAAAUUCAGAUGCACGUUACAUCAUAAUUGUGGAAAAGCAUGCAAUAUUUCAACGGCUGGCUGAAGAUAGGUUUUUUCAUCAAAUUCCUAGCAUUCUUAUCACAGCUAAAGGUUACCCAGAUAUGGCCACAAGAUUUCUUCUUCAUCGAAUCAGUCGAGCAUUUCCGGAAUUGCCAAUUUUAGCUUUGGUGGAUUGGAAUCCUGCUGGAUUAGCUAUACUAUGCACCUUCAAAUUUGGAAGUGUAGGAAUGGGCCUAGAGUCCUAUAGAUACGCUUGCAAUGUCAAGUGGUUAGGACUGCGGGGGCAUGAUCUACCCAUGCUGCCUGAUCAAUCUCUUGUUCCAUUGAAGACAAAGGACCUACAAAUUGCUCAAAGCUUGAUGUCCUCAAAAAUCUUACAGGAGAGUUACAAGGAAGAGGUUGCCUUGAUGGUUCAGAGCGGCAGGAGAGCUGAAAUUGAAGCCCUAUACUUUCAUGGAUACGAUUAUUUGGGGAAGUACAUAGCUAAAAAAAUUGUACAGUCUGAUUAUAUAUAAUUGGUAGUAAAUAUUAUAGUUACAAAAUAUAGAGCCAGUGUUGUAUUACAAAAUAUCCAAAUUUAGUCAAUCAAUGCGCAUAAUUGUUGCCUUCUCUCAAGGUAUACAUGAACAUCAAGUUCCACUCCAACAAUUUGAGGUGCAUAAUAUGGUUAACCAAAAGAGCCUAGGGAUGAACAUAAGGAACUUCAUAUUGAAUUAACUUGUUAGCUGUUAAAGAAUCAGAUUCACAUAUGACAAAAAAAAUUCAUUCCCAGUAGUUUGCAUCCUGAAAGAGAUGGCUAAAUAUAAUUCAGCAUUCAAAUUGGUUGUAAUGCCACAAAAUCCUUAAAAACCAAUAAUCAAAUUCCCAUCAUAAUUUCUAAUAAUACCUACCUCCAAGCCCUGAUUCGUCUUGGUUUCUGAAGGGACUUCGAUCUACAUUAAGUUUGAAGUAGUUUUGAGGGGGAAGAAGCCAACAAACCUCCCUCGGCAACCGGGUAGAUAAAGUAGUACUAAAGAAAUGAUUGAUGCUAUCAAAUAGGGAGGAUUCAUUAGUACAAGUUACUCAGAUUAUGACUAUGUAGAAGUGAACAUGGUAAACCUAUAUACUACCUCCUGUAUUGAGAGAU